AUGCGUGGCGAUCUCUCUCUGAUCCUUGCUCUCUCUACAUGCCUCUCCAUAACAGCUGCUCUCCCCCAGCCGGCGCUAGUUCUCCGAGGAUCCCCGGUAAACGACCACAAGAAGCCUAAAUACUCUGUUGUGCCGCUCGAGCCAGGAGAAGGAGAUCCGCCGGGCGGUGGUGGUGGAGGAAAUAAUGGCGGUGGUGGAGGAGGAGGAGGCGGAGGAGGUGGUGGUGGUACCGUCACGGUGAUUGAGACUGUCGUCGAGACCAAGACUCCUGCUAAGACGGUCACCGAGACUGUAAAGGCGUCCACUGUCACCCGCACAGUCCCGACGACGGUGUCGAUUGUCGACAUAACGGCACCUGCAGACGUGACAAAGACUAUUCAAGUUACCGUCACCCCCUCUCACACCUCUCACAAACAUAGCACAACCGCUGCAUCGACGACAGAUACCACUCGACCAACCAAGACGAGCAAGACCUCGAAGAUAACUUCUACCUCGAAAGCUAUCACUUCCAAGGCCGUUAGUACAUCAUCACAUAGCUCCUCGAAAACAGCGUCGUCGACUUCGGUGCCACUGAGCAGCUCUCACCGAGCCACUUCUUCGGCGUCUCAAACGACGAGCACGUCUAGUACAACUGCACCGGGUGUAACCACCACGUCAAUAAUAUACCCAAUCCCACCUCCUUCAUGGCCGACCAACUCUACGAUAUCGCAGUCCAGCUCCACGACAUUUCAAUCUAGCUCUACGGCAUCGCAAUCUAGCUCUACGAUAUCUCAGUCCAGCUCCUCAACAUGGCAAUCUAGCUCCACGACGUGGCAAAUUAGCUCUGCGACAUCACAGCCUAGCUCUACAACAUCACAAUCUAGCUCUACGGCGUCGUCUUCAACAUCGUCUUCCUCUCGGUGGACCACGCCAGUCCUGUUGAGCACAACUUCUACCUUUACCACCGUCUAUACUCCUUCAUCUACUAGCACAAACGAUAACGGCCAGUGGCACACCACGUACCCUGCCUGGAACGGGACGGCUCUACGUCGUUUCAGAUGA